AUGCAACUAAAGUUUAUAUUUGUGAUCACUUGCGCUGUGGCCAUCCACGCCGAGACUCCAGUGAGUCUAUAUGCUCCCGCUGGCUGGCGUCCACAGGUUCCGUUUAAUCUGCCCGGCGAGUUUGGGGAUCCAGUGGGCUCCAGCGUGCAGAUUACCAGAGCACGGGUCGAGCACGCUGGCACCUUUAAUGAGCCACAAGUCAACCCCAAUUACUUGCCACCCAAAUUCGAUAAUUCCAAUCAGCAGCCAGUGGCACAGCCUGAGUCCACAGAACUCCCAACUGGGGAGCAACAGACGACUCCGGCGGCAGAAUAUGGAGCGCCUAACUUUAGGAUCAACUAUCCCGAAGAGGAUGAAUCUGCAGCAUCAUUGGACUUACAGCAAAAUUUUAGGGAGGGACGUUACUACAUAGUCUCCAGCAAUAAUAAACUGCAGCGAGUUCUCUAUCGAACAACGGAGGAUAAGACUGGCGAUGGUUUCACGGCACAGCUGAGAUACUCGCCUGUGGGUGAGCUGCACGAUCCAGUCUAUAAGUAUAAUAGUCUGGGACAACUGGAGCGGGUGCUUAAGUGAAUAUAUAAUUAUAUCUGGAACUUGUA